AUGGGUCUCCUCGCCAUCUCCCUUUUAGUCACUUCCGUCGUCUACGUGAUUAUCCGACCGCCAAACUGGCUGGCGCACAGGCUCCUCCGAAUCCGCGGCUUCGGAGGGGCAAUCGCCGUCUCUCCAACAAGACAAAAGCGCACGCCGGAUGACACGGCACCGAGGACGCAGGGACACGGCCUCUGCACCGAGAAAUCGCUCUCCUCCGUCGACAGUCGCGCAAGGGAACCGUCGCCGCCAGACCCCAAGCCGUUGAAAGACGCCGCCGCCGUGCCUCCGCCGCCGCCGCCGCCCCUCAUCCAUGCUCUCACGCCCACGGAUAACGAGCCCGAGGGGUCAACGACGCCAAAGGCAGCGGCAGCCACUCCAUCCAGCCCAGUACCCGGCUUCUCGCUAUCAUCCGAACCGCCCGCCGUAUCCCCCCCUGCCGGGACGCAUCGUGCUCGCGGCCCCGUUCCAAAUCGUGGAGCGGCAGGGCUAUCUGUUCCCGGCGCCGGUCUCGCACCCCCGCCGACGCACUCGACCAAGCCUCAAAAACCUAGCCGCAAAGUAAUGCUUGACCCGGGCCGUUCGCCGCUGGACUGGGCGCGUAUAUCCGGGCCUGAUGCUGACCUGCGCGGCGUCGAGCCCUCAACGCCAUAUCUCCGCGUGACGCCGUCCUUGUUGAAGAAGCAGACGGGCCGCAAGGGCAAGGAUGCUUGGAUGGCGUUGAACGGCAAAGUGUACAACGUGACGCCAUAUGCCAAGUUCCAUCCUGGUGGUGUGGAGGAAUUGAUGAAGGGAGCCGCCAGAGAUGGCACCAAGCUGUUCGGUGAGAUCCACCCCUGGGUCAAUUACGAAACCAUGCUGGCCGCGUGCUUGGUUGGAUUGCUGGUGGAAGAACCAGAGGCUGGUUCGCAGGGGAGUGAGAUGGACGAGAUGGACUAG